CGCUGCGGAUAUUGGCCUAUUUACAGGCCAAUCACAGGGAGCGCCAAAACUUCAAACAGCAACGCGCGCACAACUCAGACCAAGAUGAAUGAGCAGGAGACGACGGGGGUGGAAGCAGGUGCUCGGGGCGGCAGGGCGAGUGCGGUGGAGCAAGUUGGCGAGUACGAGAACAUAUUUGCAGAGCCGCUCAUGGAAGAAGAAGAAGAAGAAGAAAAAGAAGAAGAAGAAGAAGAAGAAGAAGAAGAAGAAGAGGCGGCGUCAACACAGCAACAAGCCAAAGAAGGCAGUGAAGAAGCCACGACCAGCAGCAAUCCUCGCAGCAGCUCGCUUGCGCGCCAAUCCACCUCAUCAUCACCGCUGUCGUCACAGGGGACACCACCGUCCUUGUUGGAUGAAACGCCACCGCCACACAAGCGUGCAAAGCGUGUUCAGUCUCAGAUCAGCCAGUUCUUCUUUGUCAAGCAUGGCGCGGGCACGCAGCGGCGCCUUGUAUCUCCGUCAUCGCCCAGUGCCCCAGCGAGUCCGCUGUCGACAACAGCUGCUACGAGUUCAGCGGCCCGCGCAGGAGCAGCAUCCAAGAAGCAGAGCAAAGGCCCUCGCAAGUCACGCCAGAUGUACAUGGAUCUGGGGCAGCGGAGCACACAGCGGGAAUGCAAGGUUUGCGGCAUGGUGUACUUUGCAGGGGAGGAAGCAGACACCAAAGCACAUCGUGCCUUUCACGACAUCUUUCAGAAAGGUGUCAAGUUCCAGCUGAAAGUUGGGAGCGACACCCUUGUGUGGAAGGAUCCCACAAACCCGCGCUCAUUUGUCGUGCGCGUGCGCAAGCUGUCAUCGGCAGCGACCCCAAAACGCAACCGCCUGUACGAGAAAGUUGAAGAGGUGCACACGAUGGUUGAUCGGUUUCUCGGCGCGCAUUCCGACAAGACAGACACACGUGAAGGCCGUCACCGCACAGCCAAGACAGAGCACGGCGACGACAAUGCAGUGACGCUGCUGCACGUGAUGGAUCGACGUGUCGUCGGCUGCGUCGUCGCAGAGCACAUUGACUCGGCCAUGCGUGUGUCCGCGCCAAACAAACGCUCCGUGUCCCAAUCAUCAACAACAUCAACAACAACAACAUCCACAACAACAACAGUAUCCACAACAUCAACAUCAACAACAACAUCAACAACCGCAGCAACAACAUCCGCAUCAACACCAGUCUCAGCAGCUAAAGCAUUAUCGACGUCACCGCCUCCGACUACCGGCGCCAGUUUGUCGCGCAUGAACGAUUCCACGGACAGUGGCAUACACGACGCCACUUCCCCAGAUGCAGACGUUCUCACCUGCAGUCAGGAGAAGGUGCGCGCGUGCAUUGGCAUCCGCAAGAUGUGGGUGCACCCGUCACACCGCCGCAGCGGCAUUGCACGCCGGCUGGUUGACAUUGCGCGCGCCACCACCAUCCUCCACUACCGCGCGCGUGUGGAUGAAGUCGCCUUCUCCUCCCCGACAGCAGACGGCCGCAGGUUUGCUGUCAAGUACACCAAGCGACAAGACUUUCUCGUGUACGCAUUGCAGUCGUGAGACUUUGUUUUCGGCGGCACCCGCGUCAGGGUUCCGGGCGUGCACCUUCAUCCAACCCAACACGCACACACACACACAUAUGCAUGUACAAAGCACACACACACACACACACAUGCAUGUACAAAGCACACAAGCACGUUAUGCGAACACGUUCUCUUGUGAAUUUCCACAUAAACUAAGGACUGGCAAA